CGGCCCGGCAGCUGGGGAAGCGGCCAGAGCCCGGGGAAGCUGCUGCGGGGGCGAUGGCCGCGCCGAGCCCGGGGCCCCACGAGGUCCUGGCCCCCUCCCCAGAGGCUGGACACAGAGCUGCCACCUCGAGCUCUGGCCGCCGUGGCCUCCUCUGGCGUCUACGAGACAAGCAGUCUCGCUUAGGGCUGUUUGAGAUUGGCCCAGGGCAUGAGCUGCACCAGCUGACGUGUAUGAUGCAGGCAGGGCUGUGGGCUGCCACUCAAGUGUUCAUGGACCACCCGCCCACGGGGCUGCCCACGGAGGAGGAUUUCUCCGAGGUCCUGACCCAGGUUCACGAGGGCUUCGAGCUGGGCACCCUGGCUGGCCCCGCCUUCGCCCGACUGCGGCGCUCCCUAGGGCUGGCCGAGGAGGACUAUCAGGCUGCGCUGGGUCCCGGCGGCCCCUACCUGCAGUUCCUCAGCACCUCCAAGAGCAAGGCCAGCUUCUUCCUGUCCCACGACCAGCGCUUCUUCCUGAAGACCCUGCGGCGCCGGGAGGUGCGGGCGCUGCUCGCCCACCUGCCCCGCUACGUGCAGCACCUGCAGCGGCACCCACACUCGCUGCUUGCGCGGUUGCUGGGAGUGCACAGUCUGCGGGUGGCCCGGGGAAAGAAGAAAUACUUCAUCAUCAUGCAGAGCGUCUUCUAUCCCACCGGCCGCAUCUCCGAGAGGUAUGACAUCAAGGGCUGCGAGGUGAGCCGCUGGGUGGAGCCCGCCCCUGAGGGCAGCGCCCUUGUCCUGGUGCUGAAAGACCUCAACUUUCAGGGCAAGACCAUCAACCUGGGGCCCCAGCGGAGCUGGCUCCUCCGCCAGAUGGAACUGGACACCGCCUUCCUCCGGGAGCUCAACGUGCUGGAUUACAGCCUCCUGAUGGCCUUUCAGCGUCUCCAUGAGGAUGAGCGGGGCCCAGGCAGUAGCCUCAUCUUCCGCACAGCCAGGUCUAUGCGAGAGGUACAGAGCCUGGAGGAGCCGGAAGCCCAGAACCGCCGGCUGCUGCCCGACACCCCCAACGCCCUACACAUCCUGGACGGGCCAGAGCAACGUUAUUUCCUGGGCCUCGUGGACCUCACCACAGUCUACGGGCUCCGCAAGCGGCUGGAGCACCUGUGGAAGACGCUGCGCUACCCAGGCCGGACCUUCUCCACCGUCAGCCCAACUCGCUACGCCCGUCGCCUCUGCCAGUGGGUGGAGGCGCACACCGAGUGACCGGCGCCCAGCCGCGCUCUCCCCACCCGGACAAUGGUCGCCCGCUGGGGACGCGGGUUCCAGCUUGGCCCGGGCAGCGGGUCGGGCUCUCCUCGCCUGUUGUUCCUUCUUGGCCUCCAGAGGGCAGCAUCCCCUAAUUAAUAUUAUGAACUCAUUUUGCUGGGGAUGCUGUGCCUGGCAUUGUAUCAGGGACUCCCUUACAUUAGCUCAUUUAAUCCUCAAAAAAAAAAAAAAAAAAUGCUAUUAUUCUUUUUUUUUUUUACAGACCAUGAAAUGAAGGCUCAGGGGGGUGAAGGGACUGAGCUAGAUCAUUCAGCAAUAAAUGCUGGAACCAGGACUCAA